GACCAGGAAGCGCGCCGCCGAGACUGGGCGGGGCGGCCCGCGGGUGGGUCCCGGGAGCCCGCGCGCGAGGGGCGGCGCGCCGUGACGUCAUCGGCGGGCGCCGAGCUCCCUGGCCGGAGCCGGAAGUGCUGUGGUCGCUGCGCGGAGCCACGUGCGGAGCCUGCGGGAGUCGGCGCCCGACGAGCGUCGCCGGUCCCUGGCACCUGCCAGACAGCGACACCAUGAGCUUCGUGGCAUACGAGGAGCUAAUCAAAGAGGGUGACACAGCCAUCCUGUCACUGGGCCAUGGUGCGAUGGUGGCAGUGCGUGUGCAGCGUGGGGCCCAGACCCAGACCCGACACGGCGUUCUGCGGCACUCAGUAGACCUCAUCGGGCGCCCCUUCGGCUCCAAGGUGACCUGUGGCCGAGGUGGCUGGGUGUAUGUGCUGCACCCCACACCUGAGCUCUGGACACUGAACCUGCCACACCGCACCCAGAUUCUCUACUCCACUGACAUUGCUCUGCUCACCAUGAUGUUGGAGCUUCGGCCUGGCUCUGUGGUCUGUGAAUCCGGCACCGGCAGUGGCUCCGUGUCCCACGCCAUCAUCCGCACCAUCGCGCCCACGGGCCACCUGCACACGGUGGAGUUCCACCAGCAGCGGGCGGAGAAGGCGCGGGAGGAGUUCCAGGAGCACCGUGUGGGCCGGUGGGUGACCGUGCGCAACCAGGACGUGUGCCGCAGUGGCUUCGGCGUGAGCCACGUGGCGGACGCCGUCUUCCUGGACAUCCCCUCGCCUUGGGAGGCCGUGGGCCAUGCUUGGGACGCCCUCAAGGUUGAAGGUGGGCGCUUCUGCUCCUUCUCGCCGUGCAUCGAGCAGGUGCAGCGCACAUGCCAGGCGCUGGCGGCCUGCGGCUUCACGGAGCUGAGCACCCUGGAGGUGCUGCCGCAGGUCUACAACGUGCGCACCAUCAGCCUGCCCGCGCCUGACCUGGGGGCCAGCGCAGGCCCCGACGCCGGCCCCUUCCGCAGCGGCACGCCCAUGAAGGAGACCGUGGGCCACACCGGCUACCUGACCUUCGCCACCAAGACCCCGGGCUAGGGAGCCGCCCGCCAGGAGCUCCAGGGAGCUGGGAGCGCCGUGGGGCCCGAGGGGGGCGAAGCGCAGCCAGAGGCUGCCUUACAUGGUCAGCGGACGCCUGCCGGGGCUGGGGCGGGGCGGGGCUGGGGGCCUCCCGGCUGGGUGGCUGACGUGGGGGGGCUGCCGCAGUGGGGCAGCAUCCGGUCCCUGGGGAGGGAGGCCCCCCACCCACGUCCCACCGUGGGCAGCGUCCCCGUCCUGCUGCUGUUUGCUGCCACUCAAAGUCUCCGCUGCUGCAGGCGCGUCUGGAUGUUGAGGCCCGAGAGGGCAGGCGGCGGGGCACAGGUCUGGCCCUUCUCAGGAGGCCCCAAGCAGGGAGCGAGGAAAUGGGAGCAAAGACUCGGAGGAGGAGGGCCAGGGACUGGGUGCGGCAUCAGAGCCCUGGACCCCCACGGCCCCGCUGCCCAGCAUCUAGGGAGAGGCGACCCUGCUGUGUGGCCUCGCGCCUGACCCCAGCCCUCUGGGCACUGCACAGGCCACGCGGGCGUGUCCCCAGAUUCCCUCCCAGCGAAGGGCCGGGGGCAGCCCCACCACCACCGCCUCGCUUCUGCCCCGGGAAGCGCCUCUGCCGCCCCGGCCCAGCCAGAGCCCCCGCACGUCCAUACGAGAACACACAGCGUCGCAGAGAGAAGAGCUGAGCAGGACGGGGGCGUGCUUCCGGUGCUCAGCCAGCCAUAGCGGAGCUGCUGGGUGCCCCUGCCACCCGUAGGAGCCCCAGGGUCGUGGGGGUGGGGGUGCACCCAGGACAGAGGGUGGGACCCCAGCCCUGCCCUGCCCUGGUCUCCAGCUCUCAUGUACAGCUGGCAUCCUUCCCGCCCUGUUGCACAAAGGGCCUGGGUGCCUGCCCUUGGCCUCAAGCAGCCGUCAGGAGCCUCAAUGACCCCACGUCAGCACGAGAGGCCCAGGGUUCCGUGCGGGCCUGAGGCUGACACCUGACCACGCCUGGCAGAGAAAUAAACACUGUUGCCCCUGCUGUGCUGACUGGUCCCCCUGGUGCCCUGUGAGGCCAGGCCUCCUCCACUCCCUACACCAGCAUCCAGGCUGGACCUCCCUGCCCAUGGCCCUCCAGGCCCCUGCUCCUUCCUUCCCAGGGCAGACGCCACAGGGCCUGUGACUCCAGGACGAUGGCUUGGGACCUGGUGGACAAAGGGGCAAGUGUGUGGCCACCCCCACCCAGCUGCAGAAAGGGCCCCUUGUUCCCGGGAAGGGUGGGGGUGGGGGAAGGAGAGAGAGUCCCUGGCUGUGUGUGUGUACGCAUGUGUGCGCGCGCGUGUGUGUGCUUCCGUCCGUCCGUGUCCGGCUGGGCCCUCUCUCCACAGCCCAGCCUGGGCACCGGGGUUGCCUCUUUUGCUCCCUGAAGGGCCCGGAACUCAAGCAGGACCUCCCAGGCCUGCUGUCCUGGCCCCAGGCCACCACCUAGGCUUUGGGGGUCCUUGCAGGGGCGCCAAGUGAGUGGGCCUGCAAAAAGACCCACCUCCUGGUGGGAGCAUCAGAAGGCGGCGGGUGCCUCUGUCCCCUGCUGUGACCUGUGUUCCCUCCGAGAGCCUAGGGUCUCUGGAGCCCCUUGCCCUGCUGCAGGGGUCACGUCCCUCCUUCAAGGCCCUGUCCUGAGCUCUGACCAAAUGCCUAGUCUGGGAACCGAGGAGGGACCCGAACUCUCCUUGGGUUUCAGGAAAGGCCUGUGGGGUGUCUGAUGCAGGGCGUAGGUCUCCUGUGCAGGCCCGGCUCUGCCCGUUUUCCAGGUGGGGCUUAGGCUGGCAGCAUAGACUGUGGCCCUGGGUGAGUCACUGGGGCCCGCAUUUGGGUCCGUGUGAGCUGGAAGGCAGAGCCCAGGCUGGAGGAUGAACGGAGGCCACAGCUGGGGGGCCGGCAGACCUGGGUCCCCGGCCGUGCUCACAGUUGCACUUAGCACGGAGCUGCUCUCUUAAGAAGAGUGGCCGUCCAGCCCCUCGACUGUGUUGCCAGGCUGUGCACGUGGGCCCCCAGGGCUCCAGUGGGCCUCUGUCCCAUCCCAGGGGCCUCAGCCUGCAGUCCCACCUGGCCCCGAGCCAGCAGUGAACUCCUGCGCGUCCUUCAAAGCACCGCUCAAGUGUCUCGGUGCCUCCACCACCCACCCCCAGGCACGCGCGUCUCACUCAACCAUUUCUGCUCCCACACAUCCCACAUCCCUGUGGGGCUGCCCCUAGCCUGGGAGCCCCUGCAGGCAGAUGAGCAGAAGCCAAGCGUCUC